GUCGUGUCUCUGGCCGGUUGCUUCGCUCUUCUUCCGCGAUCAGAGCCCGGAGUCUGGAGGCAGAACCGAGCGGAAAACUGCGAAAUAAAGCGGCGGCCCGGUGCGAAGGAUGGCCGAGGAGCAUUACCUGGAGCUGAGCGAGAACCCCGUGCAGUUCGAACACGCGUCGAGCGUCAACAACGUCUUCUUCGACGAGGCCAACAAGCAGGUGUUCGCAGUGCGUUCAGGUGGAGCCACCGGGGUGGUGGUUAAAGGUCCUGAUGACAAGAGCAGCGUCGCCUUCAGGAUGGACGAUAAAGGAGAAGUAAAAUGCAUCAAGUUUUCCAUCGGUAACAAGAUCCUGGCUGUGCAGAGAACCUCCAAGUCUGUGGAUUUCAUCAACUUCAUCCCCGACUACCCGCACACAGAGUUCAGUCAGGAGUGUAAGACGAAGAACGCCAACAUCUUAGGUUUCUGUUGGACCAACUGGAACGAGGUCGUCUUCAUAACCGACCAGGGAAUCGAGUUUUACCAGGUAACCCGAACAGCUCGCCCACAGAGUUUGCUGAUCUUCGACAUCAAGCUGAAGGAGCCCGACUGCGCCCUGAACAUCCACCAGCCCGUCCUGCCGGCCAGGUCCAUCCACCCCUACAGGAUCCCGCUGGCAGGGCCGGCGGCCGUUCCUUCGCAGCCUCCGGUGCCGUGUCAGCUCUACUCCUCCUCCUGGAGCGUCUUCCAGCCGGACAUCAUCAUCAGCGCCAGCGAAGGUUACCUGUGGUACCUGCAGGUGAAGCUGCCGCCCACGGUCAACCUGCUGCAGGACAAAGGCAAACUGAUGGACUUCCUGUUACGGCGCAGAGAGUGCAAGAUGGUCAUCCUGUCGGUCUGCUCGCAGAUCCUGGAGGUCGGCGAGAAGGGAAGUCUUCCUGUUGUGGCGACCGUGUUCGACAAACUCAACCAGGUGUACAAAGAUUACCUGGAGGCGGAGCAGAGCUACACUCAGGCGAUGGAGUCCGGACCGAGCCGAGGAAGCGCCGCCCAGAAGCGUCCGGUCAGAACUCAGGCCGUCAUCGACCAGUCGGACAUGUACACGCACGUCCUGUCCUCGUUUACGGAGAGGAAGGGCGUCUCCCACAAGUUCGUCAUCGCCGUGCUGAUGGAGUACAUCCGCUCUCUCAACCAGUUCCAGAUCACCGUCCAGCAUUACCUGUACGAGCUGGUGAUCAAGACGCUGGUGCAGCACAACCUGUUCUACAUGCUGCACCAGUUCCUGCAGUACCACGUGCUCAGCGACUCCAAACCUCUGGCGUGUUUGCUGCUGUCUCUGGAGAGCACCUACCCGCCCGCACACCAGCUGUCCCUGGACAUGCUGAAGCGUCUGUCCACGGCCAACGACGAGAUCAUCGAGGUUCUGCUGUCGAAGCAGCAGGUUCUGGGCGCGCUCAGAUUCAUCCGCAGCGUCGGUGGCCACGACAACGCGUCUGCGCGGAAGUUCCUGGACGCGGCGCAGCAGACCGGAGACCAGAUGCUGUUCUACACGGUGUUUAGGUCGUUCCAGCAGAGAAACCAGCGACUCAGGGGAAGCCCCGCCUUCAACCCGGGUGAGCACUGCGAGGAGCACGUGGCUCACUUCAAGCAGCUGUUUGGGGAGCAGGCGUUGAUGAAGCCCUCCACCGUGUGAGCCCGGUCUCCUUGGCGAGGAGACGACCCGACGGGACGCAAAUCAUCGCAAAUCAUGCUAGCAUCCUAGCAUCCCGCCCCAGGAUUAAGAGAAGGUGGUGUUACUGCUGCUCCACCUUAAACGUUAACAGGAUGUGUUCAUUUCUGAUUGUUUUUGCUAAAAUCACUGUGUCGUCUGAAUGCUUCCUCCUCUGCGGCGCUAACACCUUCAUGCGGUCGGCUUUACCUGCACAGGUGAUCCUGACCUGUGAAUGAUUCCAGGUUAGUUUGUGUUCUCAGUGGAAAGCAGCUCAGGUGAAACUCUGAUAUCACCUGUUGUGGGCGGGGCCAGAGCCUGCACCGCUGUGUGUUUGUGGGGUGAAUGUGCGGUGUAUAUUCUGUAAGAUAAAGAUGAAUUAUUGUGUACGAACACGUUUUAAUGUCAUGAAAUCCAACAUGUCUGUAUGUCUGUGUGCAGCUAAUAAAGGUGUAACUGAAAACCA